AAGCAAGUACAAAAAAUGCAGACACGCCCUGGAUUGUGUCCCAAGUUUCAUAAAACCCCAGGACUGACAUUGUCGCCAUUCAUUUCUCAUAAUUUCUCCCAGAGUUCGAUCGAGACAUUGAAGUGGAAAGUGUCCUUAAGUCGACCUGAAGCAAGUUCAGUUUCUAAGGAGAACAAAGAGCAGACUGAUUGUCAAAAGAACAUCUUCAUCAUGAGGAGCGCUCACGUCCUCCUGCUGUGCAUGCUGGGAGCUGCUCUGCUCUCCUCUGGCCUCUGCAGCGAUGAACUCAGCCCCGAUAACUGCUGCUUCAGCUUCUACCCAAGGAGGGUGAACAAAAACCAGAUCCGCUCUUAUUACAUGACCGAUGAACGCUGCCGGGUGACUGGAGCCAUUCUGGUCACGAAAAGGUCUGUUCAGCUCUGUGUGGAUCCAAACAUGCCCUGGGUUAAGAGCAUCAUGAGGAGUUUGGACGAGGAGUCCUUUUAAACCAACUCCCUGUCGGUCCAUGCACUAUAACAACAUGUCCAUAUAUGGUCGUUAUGUUUGUAUUAAUGUGAAAAUCUACUUAAAUCGAGAAGAACCUAUUAAACCAUGAAUAUUCUUAUAAACCAACUUAUUAUUAUCCUUUGUCUUUAGAAUAAUCUUAAAAUGUUUUUUUUAACACAACUUUUUAAGCAACCUCUGAAUAAAAUAAUCACUCUUCA